AUGGCAUCCUAUGGACGACAAUACGUUGUUUAUAUCGAUGAGCAAGCACAGACUGGCAAGCACGACUCGGACCUCAUCACCCUUGCAUCGAAUCGAGAGUGGACGCACCUAGUCCUUGCAUUGGACGUUACCGGAUGCAGGUCGAUAUCGUUACAUCCGCUCGACAAGAAUUCUCACUCGGCUGGUAUUUGGUAUCGUGUCAUCCCACGGGAACGAUUCGCAACGCAGAAAAGCUUCGUCUGUUCAUAUCGGGGAAGAACGUUGCGGGACAUGAUCGAUGCGGGCAAUCCACGCGUCCCGCUUUUCGACACCGUGCCGCCUUUCCUGCGUCUAAGAUGGUUCGCUGAGUCCACAAUCACAAGCUGCGUCGAAGGUGUUCCUCAAAGAAUGGUGCGGAGGCAAGCUGGUCAGCAAAUCGCUGCAAUAACAGCUGUGCUCUUUGACGGAGCAACUGUGGAUCUAUUCUUUCAUCGAUACAGCAUUGCCGAGACGGAAGCGGUUUACAGAUCUCUGGAUCAUUCCGGCUCGACUGUCAUUGUGCGCCACGCCGUACUACGGCCUUGUGAGCGUUCGAUCAAUGUUGGAGUCCGCGUUCGUCGAGUCGAGCUUGGUCGCUCGUCGGCAUGCCUCCUGCUUUUGACAUCGGAACACAGAAUCUUCGACAUGGGCCCGUAUCUUCCCGAGCAUAUGCGCGCACGUCAUGAUUUCUACAGUUUGUUGAACCAGUCUGGGCCAGUGGAGGCCGUCCACAUCAACAGACGUCUUGACUACUCAACUACCGCAACAAUCGCGGUGCAGAGCGACCGUGUACAGGUCUACGAGCAAACGUUGAGCGCGGGAGACUGGCUAUCCGAUUAUAGGUCUUCCGAGGAAGAACCUGCAUGUCGUCUUCGGCAUCACUACAUAUCCGUGUUCAAAGAUGCCCUCGUUCUGGAAGGCCUUGUGGAUUGUGCAGACGUUCCGGCGAAUGGCAGUACCCAUUUAGCCUGA